AAAAAUAAAAUAAAAAAAAAAAUAAUAAUAGCUUAGCCCAGCGAAAAGAACAAAUACAUAUGUGUAGUGGGCAGUGUAGGCUCUAAAUGGGUACAUAGUGCAUAUGUACACACAGCGACAUGGGCAUGGUGGAAGCGACGACGUCCGAGCUGCGCCUGGAGGCCCAAAACUCGUACACGUACCUCCUGGCGACUCUCGGUCUGACGCUCACUUUCAUCGUGAUGUUAGGUGCUUGUCUCUGCUGCAAGAAACGCAUUCCCAAAAAUGACUUGAUGGGCCUCGAGGGCAUGGUCAAGCUGAAAAAUCCCGACGAGGUAAUAGUGGUCACCAACCUGGUUAAUACCAGUGAGUCCCAGGCGGAGCUGAAUGCCUCCACAGUUUCAAAUGCGGACUCGGAAAAGCGGUCGAGCACUGCUGCUCAUCGUAGUUUGCCGGACAUUCCAGUGGCCGAGAGCAAUGAUAAUGGGUCCGAACUAUACGAAACCGUUGCAGACAAGCAGCUACUAGAUACCCGCAAUGCCAGAAAUCAGAGUCCCCAGCCGAGCCUGAAGAAGCAAACCAGCGUGUCGCAGCACAGUUCCAUCAGCCAAGCGGACGAUGUCAGUUCUCCGUACUCGCGGGUCAAAGGUCUGCCGCACGACUACGCCAAGCUGCGGGGCACAGAGCACCCAUAUGCCCAGCUGAAUGCUCCGUCCACCUCUCAUGCGGCCAAUCACGGUUCCACUGCAGCAGCUGCAGCGGCGGCAGUAGUGGCAGGGUCUUCCAGCGAUGGCAUCGAUCCCAUGCACCGCAGCUCACAGCAUAGCGAAGGGUCGAGGGAGCACAAUGAUUCGGCUUCGGUACAGGCUGAGAUACCCGCUGCUUCCGCGAUAGCAGGAAUGAUUUCCGCCAGUCAGGAUCUACCCUACAUGACGCCACCGAUUGCCAACCAGCACUUUAGCGGCGACUCGCAAGACUCUUCAAAGGGAUACACGAGCAUCAGUGUGAGGGAGCCACUGGCCAACAUUCUGGCACAACAGCCACCGGGCAAGCCCACAAACAGGAACCCAGCGUUGUCACGCGAUGUGAACGACUCUCACUAUGCCACCGUUUCCGAUGAUUCUGAUGAAACGUAUGCCGCCAUCGAGGAUCCCAAUAAUCGUCAUGGAGCGAACACCGCGGCCGAUAUUUACACGAGCGGCUCGGAAACCUACGCACAAAUCCAGCCCAUGCAGGUCAAUCCCAUUUUAGUGGCCGUCGAGAUCAAUAAUAGCAGCAGCCUUCCGAUCGCCAGUCCGUCCGUUGUCACGGUCGGUGGAAGUAGCGGCAUCAGUAGCGGAUUGCACAGACCGGUUAGCAGUAGCAGCGGCACAGAUCAUAAUAUGCCCAUUCCACCUCCAGUAGACAGUUUGCGGGCGCAGAUGCACUCCCGCCAGGCUUCGUCCUCGUCGAACAACAGCACAUCCGUCUGCAAUCUAGGCUCACCGAAGCCGGAAAAGCGUCAGGCUAACUCGCCGCUGCCGCCGACACCCAAGUCUAGUGUGGGUCAGUCACACCAUCUUCACGCCGGUAGCAUUAGCAACCUAGCUUCCGGCAGGAACUCGGUUAUAUCGGUGAUUGAGGCGGGCGGAGGUGGUGAUGGACAUGGACACGAGGCGGAGGUAGGAGAGGCGUCCCCCCAGCGCAAGCACAGCAAGAGUCUCAGUCCCUCUAAGGAAGGUGAGGGCAACAAAAAUAUCGAGGGCAUGUACGCUAAGGUAAUGAAAAAGCACAAAUUCUCGCGCAAUUCCCCAUCCUCGCAAAAUAACUCGCCCAUACUGACCCGGAAGCAACAGCAGGAUGCCUUGGGGGUCAGUCCCCUGGAUAGCGCUGCAGCUCUACUGGUAGAUGCUCAGAAGAGUCGUGGGAGAAGCAAUAGCUACUCGGCCAAGGAUCAUGGUUAUGAGACGAUACCUGCUGAUGGCCAGGCGGCAUUACACGAGAAUCGCAAAUCGGAUUGUUAUGCGGCCAACAUGUUGCAAAAGGAGAGACAGCUAGAAGGAGCAGGAGGAGGAGCGAUUGCCCAGCCCGUGAUAGCGACAGCAAUUGCCAUCAGCAACAGCACAAAGCACUACGAGACUAUUUCUAACCAGCCACAGUCACAGCCACAGCUGCCGCCACCGCUGCCGUCCAAUACCAACAACGAUCCGGGCUACGAGCAGCUCCAACUGCAUCCAGUACCCGCUGGCGAGGAUGAGGCAAAAAAGUCCUCAGACUACGAUCCCAACUACGAGGUGCUUAAGAGUCGCGCCCAUUCGGACGAUGGUUACGCCAAGGUGCUGGAGAAGAAACGCCCACCGACCUCCGCUGAUGCCUCUGGCUAUAGCACCAUUCCUGGAGCGGAUGCCAAUCACAAUUAUGCCAGCAUCCUGGAAACGAAGGCCGCUGCCGAGACUGAUCACUAUGCUCGUAUAGCGGAGAAUGCAACGGCUGCCGAAACGCCUGGCAGCGGAACCAGUCGCCUCACCCUCACAUCGCCCAGCUCCACGUCCAAUUCCGUUUCGCUAAACUCUUCCACGGUGGCCACCAGCACGCCUCUGACCUCGCAGUAUGAAUCGCUCACGGGUACGGGCAGCGAAACGGAUCCCAACUACGAAUCUGUAUGCUAUCUGACCACAGCGGCCACAUCAGCGACGACAACGACCAGCACGAGCCCGAGUGGGUUGGAGCCUGGUUACGAGCCGCUGCAAGCGGAUCAGGAGUCGGACACGCAGGCGAGCAGUCCGCUAAGUGGGGCAACAUCUACGCCCAGCGAGCAGUUGGUGGUUGACGACUACUUCCACGUAUAGCCCGUGUCCAUAGGAGGGCAUUGGACAGUGGCCAGUGAGCUGGAUCUCCCUUCAUUUUUGCUUAGCAAACCCUCAUGCACAUAUCAUCCAUGCGAUGCACAGACCCCUACCCCACGUUCUCCCAUAUUAUAUCGUAGUUACGAACUGCGUUCGCUCAGCGACUGCUAAAGGGUCACCGACCCCACGGGCAGAUCGGGGAAUACACUAUCCUCCCCCCUCAUCACUCAUACCCCAUGUGGUGCACAGCUUCAUAUCGGUUUGCCCUUUAGAAUAUAGAUAUAUAGCGUAGCUUUAGGUUGACUUUGUGUACAAACUAUUUGUAUGACCGACGACAAUUGCUUCCGAGCGAGCGAAAGUGGGUAAUCGCUCCAAGUAUCUGCUCGACUAUGAUGAUGAUUACUCAAUCUCAGUAUCCCAGUGCGUCCUAUUUUUUGUAGGUAAAUUAACGCUCCGUUUGUUUAAAUUAAAAUAAGCACAAUACUGGUUAAGGGCUGGAGCGGCGGUCAGGAAGAGGAGGACAUACAUACCUAUUAUACAUAUAGAUGUAUAUUAUAUAUAUAUUUUUAUAUGUUUUGGCGUUUUUGCUGCUUUUUUACUUUAUUGAUACAUGUCCGGUAUAACAUAUAUACACAAACACACGCCAAGUAUUUGUAAUUGAUAAAUGUUAAUGGAACACUCACUUCCAAGUAUUCAACUAUCAAGCAAGCAACUAAGAUAAAAUGUUCAAUAAAUUAUUGAUGACUCACAACAA